AAGCGCGAGCACUUUCACUUUGAGCCGAGGCUGUCUGCGCGAGGAGGAGGCCACCGUCCGCCGCCGCCGCCGCCGCCGCCGCGUUACCGCCGACAGCUCCAGGGCUCAGCAGGCCCGCAAACCGGGCUGCAGGAUUCUAGGUCAGGAGGGAGCAAGGCGAGGGGAGACGGGCUGCAGCCACCGGGAAAACCCAAAGUGGGAGAGAUGGCGUGACAUGAUACAAGGGGCUUUUUCUUUUUUCUUUCUUUCUUUCUUUCUUCUUGUGUUUGUGGAAAGUACCAAAGGAGCCCAAACAGGAGGACUGUCAACAUGCAGCAGUGAAGGAGGAAACUUUACAGCCUGACACAGAAAGACGUCUGCACAGUGUUUGCUGUCAACAAGAGAAAUGGAGAAGUGUCCGUUCUUAGAAAGAUAAAAGGAUGUCACUGCCAGUCGUGCUGCUGCUAUCGCUUUUGACUGUCCAGUGUGGUGGAUGUGAGUUUGACAAGGAAAGUGUGAAAAACAUUAAGGCGACCAUCGACUCGAAUCCGACCGGGUUUCGGACAGUGUUUCCUAAAGAUUACUAUGUGGUGCACCGGUACAACAGAAGCAUGCUCUGUGACACUGAUCCGUGCUGCGUGUUCCCUGCUGCAGUAGUCCUCCUGGAUUCCUGGCAUGUGCUGCUCAGGAACCUCUGGGACGAGCACCUGAAUCACUCCUUAAUCCUCGAUCUGAAGCAGACACUGGAUAAAAUUAUUAUAAGGAACAGGAACACGGAGAGGUUCCAGGAGGAGACGGACCUGGCCCAGUUCUCCACGUCGUCCUCCUCUCCCGAGGAGCUCCUGAAGCUAACGUCAGAACUUUUGACUCGAUGGCUCGAGGUCGGAUGCUCGCCUUCUGUUGAGACCUGCUCGCUGCCCACAUUGCCACCCUCGGUGGAGAGGAAGGACUUCGGUCCGUCCAGGGCCAGACUCUUGACCACCCGAGCUGUGGGCGGCGAGGAGGAGGAGGAGGAGGAGGAAGGACAGCCGAGAAAGAUGGUGGACGUUUCCCAGCCGCCGAGCAGCGGCGGCCCUCUGUCUGUUUCUGCUUCCGCCUGGAGCCCCCUGAUAUUCAGACUCUACUGGUGGCUGCUGCCCUAAAGGAUCUUUUAUGGAUGAUGCACACAAAAUGCAAGACGUUUCCUGGCACUGAAUGAUUGUUUGUGUGUGUGUGUGUGUGUGUGUGUGUGCGUGUGUUUUGUGUUUUAAUGCAGGAAGCUUUGUUCAUAUGAAGUCACAUGCACAGGUUGCAUUUAACGUCCAAAGUUAGUCCAAACUGCUAAAGCUCACCGUCCAGCAGUAACAGCUGAUAUCACAGAUGUAAUCUCCAGUAUAUUCUCCGUGCGGAGCUGCAGCAGCUCCUCAUGCUAACCACAGAUCAAUGUCGAGCUACGUGCACAUAAGCCAGCGUCAACGUGGAUUUCAUCACUGUUUACAAUGAAUGUUGUGUAAAUGUAAGAUGGUACAGUCUAUGGGUUUUGUACAUAAAUGUAAAUUAAAGACAUUUAGAUAUA